AUGCCUGCACAAGAGCGUCGCGAAGCCGUCUCUGCGGACCCCGACAACCCGCUGUCGGACCCGCGGCUGGUCGCCGUGAUGGGCCACGUGGUCCCGCUGUUCACUUCGGCAGCCGCGGUGGUCGUCGAGGCGCGGGUGCACAGGGCGGCGGCGCACCUGCUUCUCGUGUACAUUUGCGCCUCCAUGGGGGUGUCUGCGGCGCUGCGCGGCGCGGACGACUCCCUGGAGCUCUCCAUCUCCGUCGAGAAGCUGGAACAGGUGCUCCAGGCGCCUGAGAUCCCGGGCCAGGGCGGCCUGGGGCCAGGGAGAAGCGGUGCCUCCUCCGUGCCAGCGCCCGCGAGCCUGCUGCGCUGUUUGGGCGUCGGGGGCACGCGGCGGCUGAUGAUCGCAGGAGCCGCCAAGAUGCUGGCGGCGCUGGCGAUCUACAGGCUCCCACAGCGCCCCCGCAGCUUGGACGCCGCAGUUGGGCGGGCCGUGCGCGACCUGUUCGUGCGCCACCGAGGGCUGCGCGGGCGCGGAGAUGCUGGCACGUGUGCCGCGUGCUCGCCGCGCGGGCGCGACGUCGACGGCGUCCUCCGCCGCGCUUGGCUGGCGGUGGCGCCUGGCGGCAAGGACGAUGGCACGACGUGGGGCUUCGUCGCCACGAUGGUGGAGGACAUCGCGUCGGCGUUCGCAACGGACGACUCGGGCUGCACCGCGUCGUCGCUCCGCGGCGGGCGCGGACGCCCCGCCCUCGACGUGGAGCGAUCCGUACCCGUCGCGGCGGGUCAGGCUCAGCCGCGGCGCGAGGUCGACACGCGGCUGUUCUUCACGUCGAUCUUCUCGGGCACCGGAGCCUUCAUCCUCGGGAUGGAGAUGGCCGGCAUGCGCGUCGUGCAGACGUGCGAGAGCGACCCGGCCGCGCGGGAGAUUCUGCAGCGGCAGUGGCCGGGCGCGGACGUCGACCACUCGUGCGCCGACGUGCGGGACCUGGUGCUGUCCCCGCGCUCCUCGUGCGUCGUCAUGGGCCCGCCGUGCACGGACCUGUCCAGCCUGGGUCGGCGGGACGGACAGUUCGGCGCGGAGAGCGGGCUCCUCGCGGACGCCCUGCGCGCCAUCUCGCGGGCCGUGGACGCGGGGCACGGCCCCGAGUGGGUGGUGGUGGAGCAGGUGCGGUCCGCCCUGCACGAGGGGUCCGCGCUGGGCGCCGCCACGUCCCCCGUCCGCGCGGCGCUCGGCGACUCCGGGUGCUGCGGCGGCCCCUCGGCCAUUCAGGCUCUGGCGGCCGCCCUGCACUCCAUCGGAUACCGCAUGGUGUGCACGCGGGCGUGGAGCCCCGACGUCGACGCGGGCAUCCCGUCGAACACGCGCAUCGCCGUGAUCGACGCCGCGCGCAGCCGCUGCUUCCUGGUGUCGCCCGAGAUCCGAGAGCGGGCCGCCGGGCUGCCCGCGGGCUUCACGGUCCCCGGGGACGGCGCCGGGGCGGCUGCGACGAUAGGCGGGGACGCGACGACGCGCACGAGGCUGUUGGGGAGGACGACGGGGUCGCUGCCGAUGCUGUUCAUCGCCUCGGGCAUCGUGCACCACGACGAGCACCGCGGGCCGGAGUACGCCAGCGCGGACGACCCGGAGCUGCAGGAGCCUCUCGGUGGCUCGCACGACCCGGCCGCGUUCGCGCCCAAGGCGUGCGCCGCAGCGGCGGCGUCCGGCCCCGGGGACGGGAGCUGGACGCUCCCAGCCAACACGUGGUCGAUCGCCGAGUUCGCGGCGGGGUCGCGCACGGAGCCCUCCGCGAUCCGCCGGCACGCCGCGUCCGGGCUGCAUCCGGGGGGCUGGUUCGGGGGGCAGCCCCUGACCCCGCUGGGGCGCUGGAUCACGGCGGAGGAGGCGGGGGGUUGCAGGCAGCCGGAUCGGCAAACGAUCGAGGAUUGGGGGCGUCGCUUGGCCAACUGCGCAGCGGGAGUCGAGCCCGAGGCCGCGGACGCGCUCGUGCGCCGCGUCCUCGCCGUGCUGGCGAGCAGCGGCGCCGGGGACGCGCAGGCGGAGCAGUAG